GACGCUUCACUCUCUCUGUUUUUGUUUAAAUUUCAGGCGCAAGAAGAAAUCCUUGGCAGGAGCACAAGAGGAGACCGGCAGUACCGAACUAACAAUUUAGAAACGACUCCUUUUGGUGCUACGAAAAUGGCUUUUGCUCUUAACAAACUUCUUCUAGACCGCUCCAAACUCGAGCCGCUCAACGGAAAGAACUACCGCCGGUGGUCGCAGAAGAUGCUAAUAUUCUUCGAACAACUUGAGGUAGACUACGUCUUGUUCGAAGAUGCCCCAACUGAUUUUGUUGAAGAUGUCAACACCACCGACGACUCCACCGCUCCAACUGCCGAUGUUGCCGCUACCAAAGCCGUUGCCACUCCAGAGAAGUCCAAACGCACUGCUUCCAAAGACAAGGCUAAGGGAGAUGACCAAGCCAAAAGAAAGUACGAGAAGGACAACAAAACAGUUCGUGGUCAUCUCCUUAGUCACAUGACAAAUCCAUUGUUUGAUUUGUUCAUUCCGAAUAAGUCCGCAAAGUCAAUUUGGGAGACAUUGCAGAAGAAGUACGGGGCGGAUGAUGCUAGAAAGCACAAGUAUGUCACCGGAGAAUGGCUGCGUUUUCAAGUGGUGGAUGACAAAUCAAUCAUGGACCAAGUCCAUGAAUACGAGAAUCUGGUUUCUGAUGUCCUGGCCGAAGGGAUGAUGAUGUGUGAAAUUUUGCAAGCAAAUGUUCUCAUAGAGAAGCUGCCACAAUCAUGGGCAGAAUACUGCAAAAAAUUAAGGCAUAAGAAAUGAGACAUGCCACUGGACGAAUUAGUCUACCACAUCAAAAUUGAAGGCAAAUCGCCUCAAGGAUAAGUCAAUGUCCUCUUCUAUUUUACCUCCUGUUAAAGCUAACCUCGUUGAAUCUUCAAAUGGCAAUAAUCACAGGUCUAAAGG